UUGUGAGGAAAUUUCAAGGCAAAUAGUUUAACUUUUAUUUAAAAAAAAAAAUUAUUAUACUGCAUGAUGGAAGCAUUUGGAACGAUAGUGGAAUACUGCCAAGAGAAAAAUACUGCAGAAAGUCUCAGUUGUUCUGGGAUUUACAUGGGUAAAGGAGUAGUCCUUACUCAUGGCACAAUUGUAAUUGAUAUUUUGAAAGAUAGAAGAGCCCAACCACUUGUUCAAGAACUUGUAUCAAAGGGUUACACACGCAAUGGAAACAAAGCAAACGUGUUGAACUCGGUCCUUCAGUCGACUCAGUCAAGUUUCCAAGUACUGUUACCAGCAGAGCAAUUUGCUUCUUCAUUAGAGUCUGCUCAAGCCAACAAACAGUGUCUUAAUAAACCAAUGAAUUCUAAAGACUAUAAUAACCAAAUGCAAAAAGAAAAUGCAGGUUCCUUAUUUCCCAUUAGAGAGCAGAAUAAUAUAUUCCUUAAUGGUAGUCAAAUCUCUUGGCCAUCCAGAUCAUUACAAAAAGCAACAUCCAACUAUUUGUCUUUCCCAGCCAGUGUUGAUUUGAUGUUUUUUCAUCCUGGGAUCAAGAAAAGUAUUGCAAGCAUUAUGCCAGCUUCUGAUGGAUGGAAGUUUAGAGAGACUGCAAAAUAUAAAUAUGCUGCUGCUCUUGAAACUCUCAUCAUCUCCACUUUUGUGCUACUCAAGAUUAUACCAGAAAAGAGUCAUGACUACAUCAUGGAAGCUUCUAGUCAAGAUGUUAUUUAUCUUACUCAAAAAAUGCUAUCUUUCACAGGCAUAAGUAGUAAAGGAAUGACUGUUUAUGUAGAGAGUUCUCCUUUUGGUUCCUUGGCUCCUGGUGUGUUCCUUAACUCUCUCAGUAGUGGUAUCAUUAGCAAUGUUGACCACAUUGCUGCGAAUAUCAUGUUUACAGAUGCCAGGUGCAUCAUGGGGUCUGAGGGUGCUCCAGUUUUUACAGUAAUAGAAGGAAUGAAACAUCUAUGUGGACUUGUUAUCUCACCUUUCUGCUGGAGAGAUGGCGAGUGGCUUGGACUCACUCUUCUUGCGUCGGCAAAUCAAGUUCUGCAAACUCUACUCUGCUCCUUAAAGUCUGAGGUUGAUAAGGAAGACAGAAAGACUGGACAGUCUCUCAGGCAUGACAAGUCAAUAGAAAUUAAGCAUUUGGGGCAAUCACUUGACCACAUUCCCAGGAAGGAAUAUCUUAAGUCAGAAUAUGCUCACCAUUUAAAUAGGGGCAUUGUGGCUGUUUGCUGUGGCAAAGGCUACGGAAGUGGCAUCAUAAUAAAUACCUCGCCAGGAGUCAUCCUAACAUGUGCUCAUGUUACUCAUCCGGCCACUAGUGGAGAUGUCAGAAUAAUUUUAUCAGAUGGUAGAAGCUUACAAGGACAAGUGAUUCACCAAACUCAACCAAGUACAUUGAACCACCAGACUGAAUCAGGCAUCCAGGAGCCAAGUGUCUGGGAUCUGGCUGUCAUCACCACAACCAGUACACUUCCUUUUGCCCUUCCAUUGGCUUCUAAACUACCUCCCAAAGGGUCAUCAGUUGUAGUAGCAGGUUAUGGAAUUUUCUCUCCCAGAUGUCUACCUACCCCAACACUAUCGCAAGGUGUCAUGUCAAAAGUGGUCAGCUUCCCACUUUAUAUGUUUCAGUGGCCCACACACCUACACUGUCAAGAAUGCAGUAAAUAUAGUUUAAAGAACACUGACAAAUGCAAUAAUGGCAUUCCGGUGACCAAUUUGAGAGAUGAUGUACUUAAGCAAAAGAAUGAUAGUAUAAGGAUUGCAGAUUUAAAAGAUAAAAAUACAUGCAUUGACUUUACAAAAAAAGAUAAUUUUCUAAGUGUUACCAAUAGAUUUACUGAUGGUGAUAUGUUUGUGAGCAGUAAUACCAACAAUAUGGUGCCAGUGAUCAUGCAGACAACAUGUGCAGUGUAUGCUGGCACCAGUGGUGGAGCAGUUGUAUCAGUUCAUCCCCAACAUGGACUGGAAGUAAUUGGAGUUGUUGUGUGUAACACUUGUGAUACAUUUAGGAAAGCCACUUUUCCACACAUCAACCUGGCAGUUCCCUCUCCAGCCAUUUUUAAAAUCAUUGAAACUUUUAUAUCUUGUGGAGACAAGACAGUGCUGAAGUACUUGGAUGCUGAGUGUUCAGCUGCAUCACAACUGUGGUUGCUGGGGCUCACACCUCAGUCACGCUUGUAAGUUACUGGAUCUUAUCUCUGGAAUCAAACAUUUAAUUUAUAUACUUAAGUAAAAUUAGAUUGGGCUACCAUCUGGGAGGUCUUAAAAAUCUUUGGUUGAGGAGUUGCUAGGUGAAAGUUUAUUGCACCUAGCAGUCAAGUUUGCAUGAAAGUGAAUUGCGAGGCAAGAAUGUGUAUUA